AUGCCGCCAAAGCUCGACGACACUCUCGCCUCCAUCCUCUCAUCCCGCUCCUCUCAAGGCCGCCUCCGUCGGCUCACCAUUCCGUCUGCCACCUCUGUCGAUUUCUCUUCAAACAGCUACUUGUCACUAUCAUCUAAUCCCGAUGUCAAAACCGCCUAUGUAUCCUUUAUCCUGCCCCAUCUGCAGUCAUCCAGCCCCGAAGCCGGCUUUGGCCUCGGAUCUGGAGGCUCCCGCCUGCUAGACGGCAACUCAGCUUUCACAGAGGACCUUGAAAAACGAAUUGCCGAGUUUCAUGGAGCAGAUGCAGGGUUGCUGUUCAAUUCAGGCUUUGAGGCCAAUACGGGACUCUUUGCCUGUGUGCCGCAGAAGGGAGAUGUCAUUGUAUACGACGAAUUGAUCCAUGCAAGCGUCCAUGAUGGAAUGAGACUAAGCAGAGCGCAAAGAAUGCCCUUUGCGCACAACAAGGUCUAUGAUUCAGCUACAACCUCUCCAACGAAUGGAAAGAGCAAAUAUCCAAGCCUAGACUCUCUUUUGAAAAGCUUAACGGAGGAUGCCCAAGUAUCAGCCGGCAAGAAAAACAUCUUCAUUGCUGCCGAGGGCGUCUACAGCAUGGAUGGAGACCUUGCACCGCUAAAAGAAAUCGUUGAAUGCGUUGAGAAGAGACUACCUCAAGGGAAUGGCUACGUGAUUGUCGACGAGGCGCAUUCUACUGGGAUAUAUGGCCGGCAAGGAAGAGGUCUGGUGUGCCAGCUUGGAUUAGAAGACAGGAUAUGGGCUCGAGUGCAUACUUUUGGCAAAGCUAUGGGAUGUUCAGGUGCCAUUGUUCUCUGCUCAUCUACGACAAGAUCCUAUCUCAUCAACUACGCCCGCAGCUUCAUCUACACCACAGCCAUGGCCUUUCCCUCUCUCGCCAGCAUACGCACAACUUAUGACUUCCUCGCCCAAGGCCACGCAGACUCUCUCGUCCAAAACCUCCAAUCACUCAUCCGUCACAUGCACACUCUUCUUACUCAGAUCAUUGAACGACAUGGUCCAUCACCAGAGCUCUUUCGCAUCAACCCCGAGGCACCGCAGUCACCAAUCUUACCGCUGCUCACAAGCCGGGCAAGAAAUCUGGCGCAAUACUGCCAGGAGCGAGGUUUCACUGUGAGACCAAUUGUAGCGCCUACGGUUCCGGCGGGACAAGAUAGAGUGAGAGUGUGUUUGCACGCUGGGAAUACUGCUGAGGAAGUAGAGGGGCUGUGUAAGGCGGUGGAAGAAUGGGUAACGGGGGCUGUAAAAAGUAAACUAUGA